GUUCGUGCUCAACGCCAUUACGUUUCCGUGCACAGUGCCGUUCCCGCUUGUGUUAAUGAGAAGGGACACAUACAGAGGAAGGCAAUUUAUUUUCUUCUUAAUAAUAAUAAUAAUAAUAUUAAGUGGCUCUGGGGAAGAGACGGCUGAUUACGGAUACCAUUCUUAGUUUUCGUGCUCUCCUAAGCGGGUGUUUACCGGUUUUAAAAUUAUUUACAAAUUGGGCCGGCUUUGUUUGACUGUUUUGAGGCCUACAGCGACUAAGUAUGUACCCCACUUGGGGGAAGUAUGGCGGUGGUGCCCAGCAUCCUCCUCCCGUUCCGCAGAACUAUGGCGGCAGUCCUCACCCUGUUAGAGGGACAGCACCGGUCGGAGGAGGCUAUGGGGGAUACGGGCCGCCUGGUGGGAGCUUUACCAGGGGGCCGGCUCCGUCUCAAGGCAAUUUCCAGAGUCUGAGGGAACAGCACCUGCAGCAAAUGCAACAACUACAGCAGCUCCACCAGAAGCAACUGCAGUCCGUGCUGCAUCACAAUAGCAGUCCUUAUGGCGUUGGUGGAUGCUCUCCCGAUGCCUGGCAGGGAAGUAGCGCGGGGCCCCCUCCCCCCGGUCCAGGUGUUGGUGAUGGUGUUUCUUCUGGGCCUUCAUACCAGCAGCAUCAACAACCACAGCAUCAAAUGCACCAUCCGCUACUACAACAGCAGCCGCAGCAUCAACAGCACCACCAACAACAACAACCUCCACCACCACUACCAGCACCAGCACCAACACCACCACCACCGUCGCAAGCACAGCAGCAACAACACAGACCAGUGGAUCCUAAACCGCCAGCGCAGCCACCUCCGGACACAAACCCCAUCAAUGCACCAGACCAACCGAAUAAGAAUAUUAAUAAUAAAUACAACGAAAGCGCUCAGCAACAAGAUAACAGUGAUGAGAAGCAGGAGCAGUCUCCAGAUUUGUCUUCAAUGUCAUUACAGGAGCAACAGCAGUAUUGGUACAAGCAGCACCUGCAGAGUUUGCAAAAAUUGAAACAGCAGCAAAAAAAUGAAAAAGCUAAAGCAAGUAAGCUUCCAGGAGAUCAGCCCCCUGACAACAAGCAGCCUGCCCCACCUCCACCCAUGGAGCCUCCAAAAAAGGAACCCCCACCACCACCUCCCAAAGAAGAGCCCCCUCCUCCGCCCCCUCCAGAGGAGUCCAAGGCCACUAGUGUUACAUCCCUGGAGGAUCCAGUCGAGGCGGCACGUUUGCAGCAUCUUCAGGCUGCAGCAGCUCAGUGGCAGCAGACUCAGCAACAGAGAACAGGCUAUCAAUACCAGGCAAUGAUGCAGCAGCAUGCACAGCUCCAACAACUCCUGGCUCAGUACCAGCAGUUCAUGCAACAGCCAGCGCACUUUCAGACCAUGCCUAUGGAUAUGCAGCUUAGACAUUACGAGAUGCAGCAGCAGCAAUUUAUCCCUCUGUAUCAGGAGUGGAAUCGGCAAUUUCUAAUCUGGGAAGAGCAGUUCCAGACCUAUCCACAUAAGGACCAGCUGCGUGAGUACGGUUCCCAGUGGAAACAAUGGCAAGAGCAAAUGAAAUCCACCUCUUCCCACCUGCAAGAAAGGCUGACCACUCUUCGUAACAUGCAGCAUCAGUUUGUCAGCCCUCCUUAUGUGGGUAAUAUGGUAGGAGUGCCCCAGUAUGGGCAUUAUCACCAGGCUGCACCAGGAGGACCAGUACCACCACCAGUGGCCUCUGUUCCUCCACUUCCACCAAAGACUCCUGCCGUAACACCCCCCGCUCCAAUGCCCCAGGGUCCACCCCCCGCUCCAGUGCCCCAGUGUCCACCCCCCGCUCCAGUACCCCAGGGUCCACCCCCCGCUCCAGUAACCCAGGGUCCACCCCCCGCUCCAAUGCCCCAGGGUCCACCCCCAGCAUUGCCUGCCCCACCAGGGAAGGUGAGUACGCAAGUUAAUGCCCAGGUGUCUCCCGUGACAACUGCUUUAGCUGAAGCAAAGAGUGGCACUUCGUCUGUCACAGGAAAAUCGGCAACAUCUUCUGCAUCGACAUCGUCAUCAUCAUCAUCAUCAUCAGUUUCUACUUCAGCUGGACCUACUGCUCCUGGUUUGAGACCGUCGGGUGUAUUGCAUACUACCAAUAAAGUGACCAGGUUUGAAGGCCCUAGAGGCCCUAGAUUUGAUGGUCCCAGAGGGAGAGGUUCUCCUAGUUCUGGUCCACCACCCAGAUUUGUUCAACAACACAGGUUUGAUCAACCUCCCAGAUCUGAACAACCAUCUAGAUUUGGAGCACCAAACAAAUUUGAUCAGUCCACCAAAAUUCAAAAUCAACCACCCAAAUCUGAUGCUUCAGGGCCGCCAGUAUUAAAACCACAAGACGGUCAAAUUGAGGGCUCUGACACAAAAAUAUCUAAAUUUGAGGACCAGUGUCUUAAAAGACCUGUAACCACAUCAGAAGAUCAGAGAGAUUCAGAUGUUGGAGACUCGACUUCCUGUCUGUCUGUUACAGAAGAUCUUUUGGAUUCAGAUUGUGGGUUUUUCAUCCCUAAUGAUCCCAUCCCUCAGAGAGUAGGGCCAGUGGAGAAACCAAAGCAGUCUGGCGGACAGGCUCCAAAAAAACUGCCUGCCUCUGAUACAGCCAAGCCCACUCCUUUAACAGCUUCUGCUGAAACUCAGAAAGAGCCUUCCACUAAUAAAAAUACCUUAAAACCAGGAGAAGACAAAUACAAAACAGGAGUGCAGGGAGGGUUGAAAGGCACUGAGCAGCUUCCAAAAAAAACAGUACCCUCCAAGUCGCCUCCUAAAUUCUCUGCAGUGGAUAGUCGGAAUACAUCAAUGGCUCCCAAAGGGCUUGGGAGGGGGCAGCCUGCAUUUUCAAAGAUUAAAUCAGUAGGUGUGGCUCCCAACCCUAAGCCUUUUGACUAUAGACCUCCAUACAUGGAAGGCAGUAAGGACAGAAGCCAGGAUCAGGAGAAUAGCAAUGCAUGGGGGGAUUCUACCAUAGACAGGCAUGGUGCUGAGAGGGAGCAGAUGCCUCCUCGAAAUGAAAUGUGGGGUGGGGAGCAAGAUGAAGAGGAACCUUUCAGAGAACAUUAUUAUGAAGGCCGGGAUAGAGAAAGCCCCCUAUUGGAAAGAGAGCUGCUGGAUGACUUUGGGAGAGAGAGACCAUGGGGAGAGCCAGAGCCUGAAUAUUGGGAGGACAGGGAUCCAUACUGGAGGGAGGAAAGACCACCAUUCCGACGACAUUCUCCACUACCCCAUGAGGCCAUGGACAGGGGCCCACCUCGCCGACACCUUGAAGUAAUGGAUAGAGAUCCCAGGGGUCCUCCUUCUCUACCCCAUGAUGUCAUGGAUAGAGAUCCCAGGGGUCCUCCUUCUCUACCCCAUGAUGUCAUGGAUAGAGAUCCCAGGGGUCCUCCUUCUGUACCCCAUGAUGUCAUGGAUAGGGUUCCCAGGCACCCCCCUCUACCACAUGAAGCCUUAGAUAGGGGCCCUCAUUCCCUACCCCAUGGUGCCAUGGAUAGAGAUCCCAGGCGCCCCCUUCUGCCCCAUGAGAUAAUGGAAAGGGAUUCCAGACGUGACAGUUAUUACCGGGAUUACAAGCAGGAGUUGGACUCAGAGCCGGGCAGAUAUGGUAGACCUUAUCCAGAUUACCACAGCAGGGAUUAUGAGCGAGACCAGGAAUACUACAGGCCAAAAGUUGAGUGGGAAAUGAAGGAACGUGGCCGGGAUUACCCACCAUAUCCUCCACGGCUGCCGUCGGAGCACGUUCGAGAGGAGCGCUGGAUAAAUGAAAGGGAUCGGGACUAUUUGUAUGAAAGGGUUAUGAGGGAGAGGGGGGAUAUGAGGGUCAGGGAAUACCCAGAAGGACCAGGCUAUAGGACGGAAGAGCGAGACUACCCACCGGGGAGACCAGAAUGGGGCAGAGAGGUCCUGCCUGAGAGGAGUUACAUACCAGAGAUAGAUGACCAGAGACCCCCGUUUGAAGAUUACUUGGAAGAUGCUCCUCCUGGCCAGUCCCCUGCAAUUCUUCCUCCUGCUACUAAUCUUCCUCCUCAGCCCGGCGAUACUUCUGAAAGUCUUAUGGAUGAAUCUUCUAACACGGCACAGAAUGUGCUGGCACUUUCUCAGAGACAGCAUGACAUUAUUCUGAAAGCUGCUCAGGAACUCAAGAUGUUGAGGGAACGCCAGGAGCAGCUGCAGGUGCUAAAUGAUUUUAUUAAACACGAUCCAGCUGAUCCAGUGGCACAGCCAGGGGCUGUAGGGACAGGAAUGGUGGGGAUGCAGGUCCAUCCAUCAGUUACGGCUGCUUUCCAGGCUAGCCAAGGCCCUGAAAGUGGCCUAGUUUCUACAGGUACAGAGCUUUUGGCCCACACUGAAGAGAAGAACUGGGGCAGGGAUAAUGUACACAAUCUUUGGGACUCUGGAAGUGGUACUCAAGUUACUGAAUCUAGCUUUGGGUUAUCCCACGCUGUACAAGACCAUGCAUCACUGCCAGCAUCAUCGCUGAGCAAACCACCUGUUAUUCCAAAGACUGUGGAUUAUGGCCAUGGACGUGAUGUUCCUACAGCUAAAGUUGAACAGAGGUCCUAUGGAGAGAGGAUUGUUCUAAGACCUGACCCAGUUCCUGUUGAGAGAACAUAUGAGAAAGAGCUGUUGAUCCCGCGGGAUUACGAGAGAGACCCAUACUUUGAGCGUCGAGGAGACCCAUAUUUGGAGCGCAGAGAGUAUGGGAGAGAGAGGGAGCGAGAACGAGACCCAUACUUUGAGAAACCACCUAUGGAUUACGAGAGGGAAAGAUAUGAGAGGGAUCGCUACUCCAGAGAGGAGAGGUUUCCUCCUGGCUCCUUGUCCAGGUCAGUAGACAGAGAAAGAGAGAGAGACCGAAGCAGAGACGGAGAGAGAGACCGAGAGGGCAGGGAUAGCCGAGACAGAGACAGCAAGGAUCAUCGAGAUAGCAAAGAGCGCUUUAGCAGAUCUGUACAUGACAGACCACCCUAUGAGCGUGGCCCUGAUCGGCCGCCCUAUGACCAUGGACAUCCUGGAUACGGAGGUGACAGUCGGGGGUACCCUGAAGAAAGAAUGCCUGUUCCUGCUCCCUGUUUGCCUCACCCUCCCCCUCCUCAGCCACGUGUUGAGAAGAAACCCGAAAUGAAAAAUGUGGAUGAUAUUCUCAAACCUCCAGGCAGGGAGAGCCGACCUGAGAGGAUGGUUGUCAUUAUGAGAGGACUGCCAGGUAGUGGGAAAACGCACGUUGCCAAACUGAUACGGGAUAAGGAGGUGGAAUAUGGAGGGGCACCUCCUCGCGUUCUUGGCCUGGACGAUUAUUUUAUGACUGAGGUGGAGAAAGUUGAGAAGGAUCCUGACACGGGAAGGCGUAUCAAAAAGAAGGUCUUGGAAUAUGAAUACGAGCCAGAGAUGGAAGACACGUACCGCAGUAGUAUGAUAAAAACAUUUCGAAAGACACUGGAUGAUGGGUUCUUUCCUUUCAUCAUCAUAGAUGCCAUUAACGAUCGAGUCAAAUACUUUGAUCAGUUCUGGAGUGCUGCUAAGACUAAAGGUUUUGAGGUCUACUUGGCUGAAAUCAGUACAGAUAAUCAGACAUGUGCCAAAAGGAACAUCCAUGGACGUAAACUGAAAGACAUUACAAAGAUGGCUCAUAAUUGGGAGACGGCUCCUCGUCACAUGGUGCGCUUGGAUAUUAGGUCCUUGUUACAAGAUGCUGCUAUUGAGGAGGUUGAAAUGGAGGAUUUUGACCCAGCAGAAGAAGAACAGAAAGUGGAGACAAAGGAUGAGGAUAUAAAAGAGGAGGAAGGCGAUCUGGGUUACAUCCCAAAAAGCAAAUGGGAAAUGGACACAUCCGGGGCAAAACUUGAUAAACUAGACGGCUUGAGGAGCAGCAACAAGCGGAAGCGGGACUCGGGGAGAAUGUCAGGAAUGGAAGACUAUCUGCAGCUUCCUGACGAUUACGAAACCCGCAGAUCCGAGCCGGGCAAGAAGAGGGUGAGAUGGGCAGAUCUAGAAGAGAAAAAAGAUGCUGACAGAAAACGUGCUAUUGGAUUUGUAGUUGGACAAACAGACUGGGAGAAAAUCACAGAUGAAACUGGUCGGCUCGCACAAAGAGCGCUGAACCGCACCAAAUAUUUUUAACGUUCAUUUUGAGCCGUACGUUUUGGAACUUGAGAUUUCCACCUGUGAAGAUUUAGAACCACUGUCAACCAGAAGUGGGCAUGAAUUUGGUAACUCUAGUUUUCUACUGUGAGCCCUUGGUUAUUUCAUAAGUGAUUCAUCAUUUAAAACUCCUGAACGAUUUUGUUGUGCCAGUGUAGGCAUGGUGGCUUUAGAUUGUUUUGUUUAAAUGUGUAUUCUGUGUAUGUAUGUAAUCCAUGAGCGUUGCUGCUUAUUUUACCAGUACAGUGAAACAAUAACGUUUUUUUUUUUUAAAUAAACAAGGCUGUCAGUAGUUCAGCUUUGAUAAAAUAUACUGUAGGUGAACUUGAGCUACAAAAAGGUCUGACUGAAUUACUUCACUGUUUCAAAGCAUAAAGUUUUGCAGAAAAUCGUAAAAUUGUAAAUACCAAUAUAGCUUGUCAGGGUAUAAAAUCGAUCUGGUGUUUCCCAGUACCUGCAUUAGAUUUCAUUGUUGUUUGUCACUUUAAGAAUUAAAAAUGGUAAAGAACA